AUGCCGGAGACAUACGCCCCAACAACCCUGGGCCUCUUCUCCCUGUCCCAAGACCCCAACUUCCACUAUGAGACUCUCCGCUCGAUCGGCCUGGCCCGCUACAUGGGCGGCGACAUUGGCGAGCAGCUCAACCUGAUCCCUAAGAUUAAGCCUGGAGACCUCGAGUCCUGGUACCGCGAGUGGCGCGCCCUCGCGGGCCGGGUGCUGGCCCAGAUCGACGAGGACAACCUCGAUAAGCACUCUAGCGUCACCAUCCGGGACGUCUACUUCCGCGCCAGCCACUCCGUCUUCGUGUCUGACUUCUUCCUGCACGGCAACGUCGAGGACCCGCGCCUCAGGGAGAACUACAGCCUUUGGAGGAAAUACUACGAUCUUGCCAAUGCCCGCCUCGACAUCCCCGGCGAGCACGUCCUGCUCGACACCCCCUCCGGCUUCAAGGUCCCGCUGAUCAUCUACCGCGCCGCCAGGGCCUCCGCCGAUACGCCCAGGCCGACCCUGCUCGUCGGGGGCGGCUUCGACAGCAACUACGAGGAGUGCAUGCACUGCUUCGGGGUUCCGGCUUUGGAGAGAGGAUACAACGUGAUCCUGUACGAGGGCCCGGGUCAGCCCACACUCCUCCACACCCAGAAGGUCGGCUUCAUUCAUGACUGGGAGAAGGUCGUCACCCCGAUCAUGGACUACCUCUUCGAGCACCAGAAGGAUACCACCGCAUUCAUCGAUCCCAACAAGGUCGGCCUGAUCGGCUUGAGUCUCGGCGGAUUCCUGAGUCUUCGCGCGGCAGCCUUCGAGCCCCGCCUCGCCGCCGUGAUCGCCAUCGACGGCGUGUACAGCUUCCUCGAGUGCGGCCUCGGCGCGGCGCCCGACCUCGCCGGUCCGUGGGAAAAGGGUGACGCCGAAGCCUUCAACGCCGCCUUCGAGACCCUCGGCCCUGACGUCUCCACUAACCGCCGCUGGUUCCACGACCACGUGAAGUUUUCGUUCCAGGAGAAGGACCCGUGGACGCUGUUCCAGACCGUCGCCAAGAUGGACCUGGCCGGUGGCGUCGCGCAGAAGAUCAAGAUGCCUGCCUUCAUCGGCGAGGCAGAGGGCGACCUCUUCUUCGGCGACCAGCCCCAGCGCGUGGCCAGGGAAAUCGGGCCCAACGCGACACUGGUCAAGUUCGGCAACGACCAGGCGGCCUCUGCGCAUGUGCAAAGUGGCGCAAAUGCGUAUCUCAACGCGAAGAUUGGAGAUUGGUUUGCGGGCAUCGUUGGGUUCUGA